UACAGAUGACUAUUUAACUAAUGUGCUAUGUACUGAAGAAGGAAUGGAUGCACUUGAAAUAAUUGGAAAAAUCCAAGAAAAUCGUCUAUUGAUGAUAAACAUGCUCUUUUAGAGUCAAUGUUAAUUAAAGGAAAAAUAGAGCAACUUUUACCUGUAGUUGGAGAAAUUGCGAUUGGUUUACAAGUGUAUGGCCUUUAUGAAGUUAUAAAAAAAAAUUCAAAUAUCAUGCGAGUUUUAUUUUGUGCAAACGAAAGUUUUAUAUGGAAAUUUGAUGAUUUUAUACUUUUGUUAAAACCGCAGUUUAGCGAAUCCGGAGGGAACAAAAAAUCAUUUAAAAUUUCUACAUACAAAGCUUUUCUUGAUGUUGUUGAGUAUAGCUUCAAUACUGAACUGGCGGAUCCUUCAUCAAAUGAUAUUUUGCAGUUUUUGACUGGCUCGCCGUCCAUUCCCGCAAUAGGGCUUCCAAAAGAUAUUUCUAUAGUUUUUGUUCAUGGAUGUCCGUUAACAAAUAAUGGUAAAGAAUGCAAAUGUUUACCAACAGUCAGCACUUGUGACAUACAGUUAAAUCUGCCAGUUCAUAUAAAUACAAAACAAAAACACUAUGAAGGAAGCACUUUCAUUAGCUGUAAAAAACGGUUACCAUUUUGGACUUAUUUAAAUGCGUGA